AGCCCUCUUCAAAUUCGGAGGCUCUGCUCUUAUUGAUGCUUUACAUGAAUUACUAGUGAAACUGUGGGAGCAGGAGACUGUCCCAACCGACUGGAGCCGCUCCGUUAUUGUUCCCAUCUUCAAAGGCGGCUCGCGCUCGGAAUGCGGCAACCAUAGAGGAAUCAGUCUGAUCUCCAUCGCCUCCAAAUUACUCGCCUCCAUAAUUCUUCACAGACUGACUGGCGCUCGUGAAAGCCAGAUUCGUGAGGAGCAAGCUGGGUUUCGUCGGGGUCGUGGCUGCAUCGACCACAUCUUCACCUUGCGUCAGUUGUUGGAGCACCGCCACACAUAUUGGCGGCCCACCGUUGUCGUGUUCCUCGACAUCAAAGGUGCCUUCGAUUCGGUUGAUCGAUGUGCCCUUUGGAAUUGUUUACUCAGGAAAGGUGUGCCCGAGAAAUAUGUAAAUAUUAUCCAAGCAUUAUAUUUGCGUAGCACGGGCAGAGUGAGGGCUUACGGCAAGCUGUCGCCACCCUUUAAUAUCUCCAGCGGUGUGAGACAAGGAUGCCCGCUGUCACCUUUCCUCUUCAACUUCGCUAUUGACGAAGUCAUGGAGUUUGCAUUUACAGGACAUGACUUGGAAGGUGUGGAGCUACUCCCAGGAGAACGACUUCUUGACUUGGAGUAUGCAGACGACAUUGCCCUCAUCUGUGACAGCUCCCAGACGUGCCAAGCCGCGCUGGACAGAUUAGCACUGGCUGUCAGCCGCUUCGGGCUUUGCUUUGCACCAUCGAAGUGCAAAGCGUUCCUCCAAGAUUGGCAGGGAUCGCCUCCUUCGCUGACCCUUGGUGGGGAUCAGCUAG